AUGCAGGAACUGCAGAGUGCAUAUGAUACCUAUGCCAGAACUGAGGAGUAUUACAAUGAGGCUGUGCAGCAGUAUCAGUCUGCAGAAGAUGAUUAUAAUUCCCGGAUAAGAGAUCUGGAAGCUGCAUCUGCGUCAGGUGAUGUAAACGCUGUUAAUGCGGCGAAUACUGCCCUGCAGAACUCUGCUCAGGCGUACAAUAAUGCAGUAGAUACUCUGAAACAGAGACAGACUGCAUAUAAUUCUAUGCUGAAUCAGAUUGCUAAUGCCGGGCUGAUUUCCGGGGAUGAAGCAAGGUACUAUCAGCAGAACAAUUCUGUUGAUAGGGUUGAUUUGUCGAAUGUUGAAGCUCUCGGCGGUGCUGUUACGAAGUCAGCUGAGCUGAGGUUCAAUUAUUCAGCACGCGCUGACGAUGUGCAGAAGGCAGCUGAUGCGUAUAAUGAACUGGCGGCUCAGUACAAUUCCGCAGCAUCCGCAGAAGAACGCGCUCAGCUUGAGGCAAAACUCAGUGAUGCCAUAGACGCAUACAACGAAGCAGCCACACAGUACAAUAUUGCAUGGCAAAAAGGUGUGCAGUCCGGGGAACUCUCAGGC